AAAAACAAAGCAGCGGCGGCCAGCACGAACCCCACAUCGCACAACCCACCACCACCACUACUACAGCCCACAGCCAUGCCGUACGACGAGCCAGAAGAGGACCUUAUCUUGGGCGAGGACGACAUUGACGAGGUGUACGAGGACGAGGGGAGCGAUGCCGAGUUUGAGGACGAGGAGGAGGAGCUCACGGCGCCGUCUGGCACCGAGCCCAUGAUCAAGGACGAGCCUGGAGAGCCCAAAGAGCGGCCAGACAAUGCCAUCGGCGGGACUUUCUUGCACAGGCCUGACUCUGCAAUCUUCGCGCUCGCGCUCCACCCCAAGUUCCCCAACCCUCCCUUGGCCGUGAGCGGCGGACAGGACGAGCGGGGGUUUCUCUUCUCUCCCAUCCCGGCCGGCAAGGGGCCAUUCACGCGCGAGCACUUCAAGCCCAUCGAGCUGACAGGGCACACCGACUCGGUUGGCGCGGCGGCAUUCUCCACCGACGGCGAGUUUGUCGCGACUGGCGGGCUGGACGGGCGCGUGCGCGUCUGGCGACGCGUCAAGUCCAAGCUUGCGCAGCUGCGCGGUAACUCGCCACCAGACGAUGACCCCGAGGCGUGGAAGUACUGGGAGUUCAUCACCUCCCUCGAGGCGGGCGGCGAAGUCCAGUGGCUCACAUGGCACCCCAAGGGCCCCGUGCUCGCUGCCGGCUGUGAGGAUGCGACGGUGUGGAUGUGGAACUUGCCAAGUGGACGCACCAUGUCGGUGCUCUCGUCGCACACGAUGGCGAGCACGGCCGGCGUGUUCCCCCCACCAGCGGGCAAGCAGCUGCUUACGACGUCGCUCGACUCGUCGCUCAUCCUGUGGAAUCCCGUGGCGUCGACAUACGAGUUCAAGACGUCCAUCUUCUACCCGCCGCACGCGCCGACGCUCAACCCGUCGAUCCACGGCAUCACCUCGCUGGCAGUCACGCCGAACGGCGCGCUGGCGGCCGUCGGCGGUGCGGGCGGGCGCGUGCGCCUCGUCGCGCUCCCACGAGGCGAGAUAGUCAACACGCUCGAGGGGCACGCGCUGCGCGAGAGUGUCGAGGCGCUUGUGUUUGUCGACCUGCUCAACGGCGCAGACGGGAACAAGGGCGUCGUGCUCGUCUCGGCCGGGACAGACGGUCAGGUGUUCGUGUUCGACGCGACGAGCGGGCGGGUGCGCGCGCAGCUCCGCCACCCCGAGCCGGUGACGGCCAUCGCGGCACACCCCUCGCCGUGCCAGUACCUCGUCACGACGUCGGCGCUCGACCGCACCCUCCGCACGUGGGACGUGCGAACCGGCACCCUCGUCGCCGAACACGUCGGCCAUGCCGGCGCGGUCAACAGCGUGGCGGUCGCACCGGCACCAGAGAGCUGGGAGUCGCCUACGGGUCAACCGCAGGCACAGGUCAUCGUCAGCGCUGGCGACGAGGGCGCGAGCAUCCUCUGGACGGUGUAGGCGUGACACUUGACGGGGCGGCCGGUCGAGUCGACCCAACCUAGGGAGCAUACCAUGUAGCCACAAGCGUCAUCGCAUCGUAGAUUCUAGACCAUACUUGCAUAGAUAGC